GGCUCCACGACACAUUUUUCGUUGAUAGCUUCUGACUUCCAAAGUGGCAGCCAUGUACGCCUUUGAGGGCCGUUUGCUGUUCUCACGAGAUACCUUGUUGGUCUUCAUUUUCUUCUGCGCUUGCCUGCUGCCGGAGCUUCACAUCUGGAAGCCCUAUCAGCGAGAGAUUCCCAUGCAGAGGCUCACACUUAGCAAUGGCACCACAGUGUUUGUGGAAAAUCAAGUCUUCGACAACAAGUACAUCCCAAGCAAUGAGCAGAUUGUUCCCACUGCGUUUCUCCUUGCCCUGUGCAUCGUGAUUCCUGGAGGAGCUCUGGCCUUGGUCUUGUGGUUUGACGUGCGGCCCAAAUCUGGGGAGGUGGCUUCGUUCUUGAGAGGAAUCUUGAUGGCAGUGGGCUGCAUGUUCGCCAAUGUGGAUGCUGUAAAGCUUUACGUGGGGUAUUUCAGACCUUACUUCUACGAGGAGUGUGGCCUGGACCGGAGCACUGGCGAGUGUUUGACGCCCACGGAGGAUGGACGGAAGUCUUUCCCCUCCGGACAUGCGAGCACGUCCUUUUGUGCGAUGCUCUUCACCUCACUCUACCUCCUUGGAAAGGUAGCAAGAUUGCCUUCCAAGACCAUGACGUCCUUCCUAGGCCCACUUGGCUGCACGAACGUCCUUUUGCUGUUGGCUUUGAGUCCGGUGAUGGUCGCCUUCUGGGUCGCGGCCUCACGUGUUCGUGAGAAUGAUCACCACCCCGCCGACGUGGUCACUGGUGCUUGCAUCGGGAGUGCUUGGGCAGUGCUAUGGUAUGUUCGUUAUUUCACACGACUCUGGGAUGAUCAUGAUGAUCACCAGAGCACAGAUGGCAGCAGUAGGACCACUGAGUCCCAGCGUGCUGGAGACGAGGAUCUGCCGAUGACGGCUUAACAUCUCAGGAGUAAAGAG